AUGCCGGUGAAUGGUUUUGUGCACGUGCUAUUGCGCUUAGGCAAAAGUAUGAUCCAGAAUGCUAAGAGACGCUACGAGCAUCUGACCGAUGGCAAGUUGGUGCUGGACAGCAAGAAGAGAAGGGAGUUUGCAUUUGCUGCAGUGGACACAUGCAUCUCUAUCUACAUCAACGGCCGCGUCAAUGAGUGGACCCCAGUGCCGCUGCUGAGCCGGUUCAUCCCUCAAGUUGCAGAUUUGCUUCCAGAGUCCGUGCUCCCAAACAAAGAGCGCCACUGUUUGAUUGCUGAGCUGCUUUACAAGAGUGGAAUGAAACUGGGUGGUUUGCCGGUGAAAGCCAUGCAGUUUAUGAGUCUCCGGCAUGAUUUGCCCGAAGGUUACUGUGAAGAGUUUUCCAAGGCGCAGGAAAGCACAAGUUUCCGCAGUCCAGCAGAGCACGUUCAGAAGAUCUUGGGCAAGUUUCCGGGCUUGGAAUGGGAUGACUCUGACGAAUUUGUGAAGAGCGCCUCCAUUGCACAAGUUCACACGAAUUGCACAUGGCAAGGCAAGCCAGCAGUGGCCAAAGUUCAGCACGCCCACGUGAAAGAAGAGUACGAAAGUGAUUUGAAGAUCAUGGCCGACCUUGGCCAACAUGUGGACAAAUAUGAGGAGGCAAAAGGUGCAGCUGUGAUGUUGAAGUCACUUGCUGAGAAGCUGGCGCCAACAGUAUCCAGCGAAACUGACUUCACAAAAGAAGCAGCCAACCAAGAUCGCAUUCAGAAGAUGUUUGCUGCAUCGCACUCCGAUGUGGUUGUUCCAGAGGUGUUUGCUGCCACUGAGAUGGGCCUGAUUAUGGAGAAGCUCCCAGGCAAGACAGCAGCGGAAGCUAUCGCGUGCUGGAAGCGUGGUGAGCCCCUCGAUAUCUUCGACCGCCAGCAACGGAACGUCAUCUAUGACUUAUUUGCGCAGAUGGUCUUGAAGCACAGAUUCUUUCAAAUGGAUGCCCACCCAGGCAAUUUCAUGGCUUUAGAUACUGUGAAGGAAAUUGACCCUGAGCUCAUGCCGUUGCUGCUGAUUUCUUUCUAUUUGUCUCGUUUUGAGAGCGAGGCUGCUGAGCUCCGCUCUCACGUAGGUUUGAAGGAUCAGGCAGAUGACUUUGCUGUGCUCAAGGCAUUCCGCUACGUUGCCGAGGCUUUGAACAGGGCUAAGUUGUGA